AAAAAAUGGAGCAAAUUUCAAAAGUUAGCAAAGAGCAAAUGCUGCAGAAACAGCACUGCCGAGUGUGGUGGCAAGAGUAUAAGAGACUCAGUGAGAACAGGGAAAAAGCAGAAGCAGAAAUAGAGGCUCUUCUUGAUGAAGGAAGUCAUAAGUACGACUUUUUUUUGGAUAUAUGGGACUUGGAGCAUAAAUUGUCCCAGGAGCGGGAUGCUUACCAAACUGAUGCUGUGGCUCCUAUCUGGCAACUAAGAGAGAAUCUGAAGUUCUGGCUGUCUGAAAUGCAGCAUUACGUCACGGAAGACUCAUCUCUGAAAAACAAAUUCAGUCUAGCUGAGAAGUUACAGCAGAUCGAAUCUGUGAAGAAACAGUGGAAAACAGUUUUGGAAUUUCUUGGCCUUGAAAGUCUGGCUUUGGAAAGAGAGCUUCAAGACUACAAAAUAGAAGCCAUAGUGCAUGGUUUUGAAGAGAAAAACGGACUUUUCCAUGAAGUUCCUUCAGAUCUCCUGUCUUUGAAGUUCCCUUAUCCAGACUUGAGGAGCUUUGUUAUCAAUGAAUACCGUAAGCUUGCAAAUGAAUACUGGUCUAAGCUGCAAGAGAUUGAUCAACAGCUAGACAUCAUAUAUAGGAACACUGACUGGAACGAAGAGGAUCGGUGGGUUUUUCAGACUGUCAUCAAUCAGUAUCCGAGUGAUCUCCAGCAGAGAAGGACUCUGUACCUUGACAUGCUGCACAGAUGUCUUCCUCACAAGUCUAGGCACGAACUGGUUACUCAUGAGAAAGCUUGGGAUCGUUACAAUUUCUUUAAGAAUCAACGCAGAGUCUUGAUAUUAAGUUGGACUCAAGCUAGGAAAGCAUUCGUCCUGAAGGCGCUGAUGGCUGUUGCUGAAGCCUCCGCUGCUCAGGAGGCAGAAGCGGAAUCAGCUAUUAACAGACAAAAGCAACAGGAGAUCUGUGCUGAGCUGAAAGCCAAGGUCCUACAAUGGAGAGCACAACAAGAGGAGGCAGCUGAGCUGGAAGCUGCUGUAGCUGCUAGAAGAAAAGAAAAGGAAGAUGAGAAAGAAAGGCUACAGAAAAAGCAGGAAAUGAUUCGCAGAGCUCAGGAGAAAGAAAAAGUUAAAAAGUACUUGGCUGAGAAACAGCUGAAGUGGCAAGAACAGGAAGAAAAAGAGCUCCAACAUUUGGAGGAAUUAAGGAAAUUAAUGGCUAAACAAGCAAUUAAAGACAGAGAACGGGUGGAGUUUAGACAAGGGCUGCUGGAAAAGCGGAUCCUGGAGAAAAAGGAGGAGGCCCUUCGAGAAGCCUGUGCAGCAGAAGAGAAAGAGAAAUGCCUGGAAGCACUUCGACAAAAGGUUUCCAUCGUAGCAAAACCAGACCCAGCGAGAGUGGUGGCUGAUACUGCAGCAUCUAAAGCUCGGAUGGGCGUUGGGUCCACAGAAGAGUUUGUUCUUCAGAAGCCGCUGUUUCAGUUGCAGACAUACAGUGAAGAGCAGAUCAUUUCUGACCCCAGGCUUCGUGUCGAGUUAGCUCUUCGAGAAGCUGGACUUCAUAAAACACUUUAUGCAAAAGAGAUUUUGCCAAAAAUUCCUCCACUGAAGCUUCCAAGAAGAGACAUGGAAUCUACAGUGUUUAAAAUGUAGAGCGCUUUGUGUGUCAAGAGCAGAGAAGCUUCAGAGGUGUCAUCUGGGCCGUAACAGUAGAACUCUCAACAAAUUCUCACUGGCUGUGUCAUGGAGCUGCUGGGUCGUCACUGUGUGCAAUCAUUCAAGAAAAGGACGUGCCUUUCCUUACAGCGUUCGGUGCAACAUCUGAGCCCUGCCUGGGUGCAGGCUUUGAGGAGCUCUGGUGGGCUGCUCUUCAACUCCCCAUGCUGCAGGAUUCCCGUAUUUCUUCCCAGCAGGAGAUCAGCACUGAUGGCAAAGACCUCUGCCAACUCUGCUGGUCAAUUUGCGUAGCGUGGUUUGGAAUUCUGGUUUUUAAUUGGCAAUGCAGACCCCAAAGGCUUUGCAGUGACUUAGAUUGUAUCGUGGUGCACAAAUACAUCCCACGUGGCUUUCAUUCCAGGUUGCCUGAGAAUUUGAUUCUUUUAAUUAUAAGAUCUUUCUGCUAUUCCUUGAUGACGAUCAGAAGGAACUUAACCUUUGUCUAUAUUUAGAAACCAGUUUGCUGCGUUGUACUUACUGGAAACCAGUCAUGCAAGCAAUUUUGUAUUGGCAGUGUUUCAGAAUGAAUUAUACAUUAUAAACGCCAUUUCAGAUCCGGGAUUUUUAUUUUGGAGUGGACUCCACUGCGUGUGAUCCUCUUCAAUUAAAGUAAAUUGAUGUCAUCUCAUUUCGUAACUGAUUGCAUUUUCAAGCCUCACAUAAGAUGGCUGUAAAAUGUAUUCUGUAUGUAAACAAGUUACAGCGAGGAGCUUAACCUAGAGUUCCUAAGGACAAUAAAUGUCAGAAAGAUCUGAACAUCCGUAUUUGCAUAUCUAGUUAACUAGAGGAACUUAAUUAGCCUA